AUGGCUUAUUACCACAAAGAGAUGGUUUUGAUGAACCAGAUGGAUUCAGAGGCUCAUAAAUGGCUAACAGAUCCAAAGAGAAACCCUAAGCACUGGUGCAGAGCCCACUUCAACACCGUUUUGAAGUGUGAUGUGUUGUUGAACAAUCUUUCAGAGAGUUUCAAUGCUUGUAUCCUACCUGCAAGGUCCAAAGUAGUCAUUACAUGCUUUGAAGAAAUUAGGGUAAGGAUGAUGAAGAGGAUUGCAAUCAGGAAAGAGAAGAUGAGCAAAGUUAUGGACCCUAUCUGCCCCAGGCCUAGGCUGAUUCUAGAGAAGAGCAAGGUUAAAUAUACAACAGAUUGCAUCCCUAAUGGGACUGGCAGCCAUAAAAUUGAGGUGGAGAGCAUUGGAGGCAGCAAGUAUGUGGUGGAUCUGGGCAGAAGGGCUUGUGCUUGUAGGAGAUGGGAUCUAACUAGGAUCCCUUGCAAGCAUGCCAUAUCAGCCAUCAACUUCAUAAGAGAGAAGCCUGAAGAUUAUGUAGAAGCAUGCUACCUGACCAAGACUUACAUGGCUGCUUACUCUAACACAGUCCAGCCUGUAAAUGGGAUGGACUUGUGGAUCCCAAGUGAAGAACCUGCCAUCCUACCACCAGAGUACAACAGGCACCCUGGAAGGCCAAGGGCCAAAAGGAUUAAGGAUGCUUCUGAGAAGGAGAAUGAAGGCCCUAAGCUUGGAAGGGUGCAGAAAUCUUUGAGGUGCUCCAACUGUAACCAGUUGGGUCACAAUAUUAAGAGUUAUCAUAGACACCUCCCACCAAAGACAGCAGCAACUAAGGGUAGCAAGAAGAGAAAGCUGAACAGUGGAGACGCAUCAUCUUCUCAGGGUACCAAAGAGCCCUUAAAGACAAAGAAUGAACUCAGAGCUAACGCAACAAAGAAAGCUGAAGCAGCAAAGAAAAAGAGGGAUGAAAUAAGGGCAACAACAAAGGCAGCAAGAGGACAUGCUCCAAGCAGAGGAAGACCACAAGCUGCUUCAAACAAUGGUAAAGCUGCUUCAAGCAAGGGUAAAGCAGCUUCUGCACGACAAGCUUCCCAAGGUUCAUCAAGGUCAUCUGUGAGGAUCAGGGAUAAUGCAAGGAAUGCUGGAAAAUAG